GGUGAAAAUUUUUACCACAGACUCAGUGAAUGAUGGGCAACAAAAUGCACCUUUUAGAUUUUCGAUAGGAUCACUUUCAUUUUCUUUUAUGAAUUGUACAAAAAAGUUGCAAUUGAGUCAUAUUCUACUCCUCUGGAAACAUAUAACUUUUGUCAUUGAUGUAGGAGUAGUGCCGAAAAUCUAACGAUUAGAAUUUUACUUAAAAAUAGUCAAAACAUUUAAAACCUGCGAGGAUUUAAUCGUCAUCUUUAAGCAUAACCCACCAUUUGUUCGAGCGGUACUUCGAGUGCUCGAAAAUAUGCUUUCGAUGAGCACUCGGCGAGGGCCUAUUUUCGAGUACUUGCCGCGCCCCUCGAACGACUUUUUUCAUCUAUAUGGCUAAAAGGAAUAUAACUGAAUAGAUAAAGGCUGUUUAAAAAAGUGAAUAAACAUGUAUGUAUAAAACUGACUCAGAAAUUCAGGGCUCACGAGAAAAGACUCAAGGUUGGUAGAAAAAGUGAAGUUAUGAUGGUAAUGCUUGCUUUCUGUACUGUUCUUUUUCCCAUUUUUCCUUUGAAUUCCUUCUGGAUAAAUCCUUAAGAAUACAGAUCUGACUGUGUUAUGUAAUUCGGCUCUUUGUUCGAAUUCGCUGACGAUCAUUUGAGGCGACAUUGUCAUGCAGAUUUUGCAAAAGUAAGGUGGGAGUUUAAGCAUCUCUUGUAACAGUUAUGGCUUAUCUCAACAGGAAAAAUUUUUCAAAAAAUUACGGGUUAAGUACGCCCGUAAAUUAUUUUUGCAGGACAGACGGGUUCAGAUCAACAUUAUUUGCUCUCAGGCUUACGGGCUCGCUCCAGACAAUAGAAAAGUUUAUCCCGUAGGGCUCUAUAAUCAUCUGACACAAUGAUCUUUCGAAUGCCAUUAAAUGUAUCAUGCAUCAGUUUAUAUGAGAACAAAUCUUAAUUGCUCAAUAUGCCUUCCUAUUAGCAGCCAUGACUCUACAGUGCUUAGAUGUUAACAUGUAGACAAAAAAAUAGCAAAAAUCAGUACUAAUAAGUAGGAGAUUGUUGUUGUUCGGACGAUCGGAUGAGCAAAAUUUUGAUGCCAAUUUCAACACCAGGGCACAAAAAAGUUCUUGCUUCGCGACCGUGACCUCGAUAAGUGAAACAAUGACAUAAGUACCGUAUUCGGAUUAAAAAAAGAUAUUUUCGGGUUUCCAUUCAGGUUUGCUAUCACGCGCAAAUGAUCAUUAACGAGUAGAGAUAUAAAAAAAUAAUCAUAACUUUUCGAAAACCUCGAAGAAUGUAAAAUUUGCUUUUUAUUUCAGUUUUGACCGAAAAUGAGCAACAGAAUCGUUUUCAACAGUAUUUAAACGGCGAAAAAGAUCAAGAACAAUCUUUCACAACAAGCGAAAAAAGCUUAAUUGUUUCGGAUUUAACGGAUGGAAAAAAUCAGAAUACAUUCGGUCGUUUUGACUUUCAACUGGCAGUCACAACAGCCCAAAAUAUAAACUAUUGUACAGCAGAUAGUGAUUUCUUGUACGGUUUUGGUUCAAAAACUCAUGACAUGAAUGAUAGCGAGAGUGAUGAAGAUGAAACUAAUCGGACGUCGAUUGAUAGAACAUUAUUUUUGAAUUAUGAUGCUGAUAAACGAAAAGAAGGUGUAGAGUAUUCACCAUUAUUUGAAUUACAUUUAAAAGUAGUUGACCUAUCAUCAUGCAUUCUCAUUAUAAAAAUACAACAAAAGCAGCAAGAACCGCCAGCAUUCGCAACAGCAAUAGCAAAAACACAGAAAUUUACAAUUCAGUUCAGUAAAGAUCUGAAUUUGGAACCGAUUCGUCUUCGAUAUAAAUUGGAACGGCUAAAUGAAAAGAUUAAAGAAAUAUUCAGCGAUAAAAAGUUGGAUUCAAAUGAUUAUGCUUUGAUCGAUAGUGAACAAAUCAUAGUCGAUUUUUUGUCAACAAUCACUAAACAAGUUUCAUGUGAUUAUCAAAUUAUUGAAAAAUCAUCUUUGUUGAAUGUCAAUUUCUACUAUUUAACGAAAAAUGAGCAAUUUCAAUAUACAGCGAAGCAUGAGACAGAUAUUUUUACAAUAGUCAGUCGUCUGAUCGAUGACGAAAAAAUAAGAGAAACAUCGUUUUGCUUAAUCGAUCAGUUAGGUCAAAUUGUUGAUGGUGGAUCAAUUUGUGAUAUUUAUCGUACAGAUACGACUGUACACAUUUCAAUAAUAGAUGAAACAAUCAAUAAUCUGUGUCAAGUUACAGUCAUAUCAAAACAAGGUUAG